AUGACGCAAAACCCCUCCGACAACGUCACUGUUUUGAAACCCAACCCUAUGUCAAUCCAUGACCCAAGCACGUAUCGAAAGUAUACUGCUUUGACACCAGCAGUUGUAAAGCGACACGGGGGACGUUUCCUCACGCGAGGAGAUCCAGUCUCGACGCUAGAAGGCGAUACAUUUAAGAAUCGGAUGGUCAUUUUAGAAUUUCCGGAUGAGGAGGCAGUAAAUAGGUGGUACGAGGACCCCGAUUACGCUGCCGCAAUGAAGUUUCGACACGAAGCCUCAGUUGGCAGCAUGCUUGUUCAAGAAGGCCAACAGGAUACGGAGAAUCCUGAGCCUAACGUCUAA